AUGAAAGGUGAACUGACGGUAGAGGAAAUAGCAGAUUCUGAGCACAGAAUCAUUGCCGAUGCACAGGCGGAAGCAUUUGCAAUUGAAUAUGCAACUUUGUUGUCAGGUAAGAUGUUGGCUUCCAGUUCCAAACUCCUUACACUUCAGCCACAUCUAGAUGAAAAUGGGGUCAUGAGAUUGAGUGGACGCUUAGGCGAUGCUGAAUGUUUGCCACUUGGAGCGCGAUUUCCCAUAAUUCUACCUCGUAGAAGUUGGGUGACAAAGCUCAUCAUAAAACAGUAUCACGAAGAUGGUAAACAUGUUCUGGGCACAAACCAAACACUGGCUGCAGUGUCAUCAAAAUACUGGAUUAUCUCAGCACGAGAAGCAAUACGUGAAUGGCAGAAAGAAUGUGCUCGAUGUCAUAGGGACAAAGCAAAACCUGCCUAUCCAAUGAUGGCUCCGUUACCAAAAAUGAGACUUCGAACAUCCUUCCGUGCAUUCAGCCAGGCUGCUGUUGACUAUGCUGGACCUUUCAUAACAGUCCAAGGCAGAGGAAAAUCACGUCAGAAACGUUAUUUGUGUCUAUUCACCUGUUUGACUACAAGAGCUGUUCACCUAGAGAUGGCAUACAGCUUGGACACCAGCGCAUUCCUAAAUGCGUUUUACCGAAUGGUAAAUCGAAGAGGUCUACCACAAGAUGUCAUAUCUGACAAUGGAACAAACUUCGUUGGUGCCGUCAAAGAACUCAAGGAACUUCUUCACAUGCUGGAUCAAGAUGCUGUUCGGCGUUCCAUGGCCAAUCGAGGAGUGAAAUGGCACUUCAACCCUCCAUACUCGCCGCAUUUUGGAGGCGUAUUCGAGACGAUGAUAAAAUCGGCUAAGCGUGCUAUCUUCGCUAUCCUGGGGAAUGGGGACGUCACAGAUGAGGAAUUGGAAACGGGAUUCACCGGAGCUGAAGCGCUGAUCAACUCGCGCCCUCUGACAUAUCAGUCGACUCAUCCCCAAGAUGAGAUUCCUCUGACUCCGAAUCACUUCCUGCAUGGCCAGAUUGGAGGAAUGUUUGCUCCGGAAUCUGUAGACACAACCGAUUAUCACCCAAGGAAGCGCUGGAGACGUAUUCAGGAACUGAUGAGGCACUUUUGGAAGCGUUGGAUGAAGGAAUGGCUCCCAGGUCUGAACCCAAGACGGAAAUGGCGAACUCCAAGCAGAGACCUGUGUAUCGAUGAUGUUGUGCUGGUGAUAUCUCCUGACACUCCACGGGGACAGUGGCCACUUGGUAGAAUUGUCAAGACAUACCCAGGAAGAGAUGGACAUGUGCGUGUGGUGGAUGUACGGAUCGGACAAUCAGUGAUUACUAGAGCAGCAAACAAGAUUUGUCCACUGGAGUGGUCAACUGUGAACUGUAAUCCGGAAUUGUGA